AAACACCAACAACACCACUCCUUCUUCUUCUUGAGAGCGAUUUUGUGGAAAACUUCAACAUCCUAUCUCAAACCAUUCUUAAUCAAGAUAAAUAUGGAAGAAAAUGUUGGGAGAGGUAGACAUGGCAAGCCAAGCAAUGCAAAUGCUUCCGCUCGUAGAGAGCUUGCUGCAAAUCGCCCUGCCAAACGAGGUCGUAGUAAGCAGCAAGGACCAAUUCCGGCGCGAGGGACACAUGAUGCUGAGGCGGGUGGUUCGCGUACGCGUACACGGUCACGUUUAGGCCAAGCACAAAAUGCUGCUGAGGAUGAUGAUUUUGACGCGGAUCAAUUUCUAAAUCAGGAUGCCGAGUAUGGCGAACCUGAAGAACCGCAACCUGAUGAACCGCAACCUGAUGAACCGCAAAUUGAAGAACCGCAACAACCACCACGACGGAGACCGCAACAGCGACCACGGCAACCACGACGAGAUGCAGCAAAUGAGGGUUAUGGAGGAGGACCAAGUGAUAUGUCAUUAUUAACACAAUACGGAAAUCAUAGGGCGGUUCCGAUAUGGGAUGCAGAACCAGAUGAUCACGAGGUUUUAAAGAGGACUCUGCGUUGCCAAGCUAGCGGGAAAAAGGUUAUGGACAUCGUCAAACCGCCUCGUAGUGAGAGGUGGUUUUGGGAUCCAAUAGAAGCAUCGGGAUUGGAGCCGCUUACCCGUGUCAAUUUUAGCGUACUUGACUAUGGGGUUAUAUGGCCAUUUGUUGAAAGAUGGCAUCCGGAAACAAGUACUUUCCACCUUCCAUUAGGUGAGCUCGGCAUCACUUUGGACGAUGAAAGUUUUUGA